AUGGUCAUGCGUGGCCACGAAAGCACGGGGCAUCGGAGGCAGCUGCAGCUGGUGGGGCAGGUGAAGGCCUUCGAAGCCGAGCUGCAGUACUACGUGCCUGUGCCCAUCAGGACCCACCGCGAGAGGGCUAACCUCCUGGUUGAGCCGCUAGGCUUCGCCUUCAACUCGUCUAACCAGCAGCGCGUGUUGCUGCACUACCUCGAGCACGAUCCCAAGUGGGGCACUGUCGCCCAAUGCCGCGGCGACACCUGUCCCUCCAUGACCUCCUGCGGGCCUCGCUUCCCGAACCUCCAGGCCUGCUGGAACCCGAACCUAGGGGAGAAGGAGGAGGAGGAGGAGGAGGAGGAGGAGGAGGAGGAGGAGGAGGAGGAGGAGGAGGAGGAGGAGGAGGAGGAGGAGGAGGAGGAGGAGGAGGGAGGCGAGGGGAGGACAUCGAAACACGUGUAUGAUGGGUACAACGAGUCGUGCUCGCACAAGCAGGACUUCAGCCCGCACAGCCCCAGUGCCUUGCAGCUGAUGCAGCUGAGGGACGUGUAUGUGACGGCCAAGGGGUUUGUGUUCAACCGCACUCACAGCUUCGUGCGCCCGGGCUGUGAUCGGUUCAGAGAGAUAUCCUAUUCAGCACAGCAACAGGUGCACGUGCUGCCAGCGGCCUUCAGCUGGGCGUACUCGCAGGGAAACAACUUCUACCACUUCAUCGUUGAGACCAUGCCGCUGUUUCUCGUGGCCGCGCCGCUGUUGCCACACAUCUUGCCCUCCAUCCCUAUCCUCGCUGAAACCAUGCAGUGGGACGCAUACAAGCGCUUUGGCGAGGAGCUGAUAGGAGUGAAGUACGGUGCAGUGCGGUCGCUGCCCGUUGUGAAGGCAGACCUGUUUUUCGUUCACACUCUCUACGAGCCCAUGACCCAGGACUGUGGCAACCCCUCCACGCUGCUCUGGCAAUCCCUCAGGCGAACCCACCUGCUGCACCCACGCGGCCUGCCUCUCUUCCGCCCCGACUGGUCCUACCAACCGCCGCCGCCGCUGUCGCCGCAGCAGGCGCAGGCGCUGCCGCCCGACUGGGUGGUGGUGCUGGCCAAGCGCCUCUCUAAGAAGCGAUCCAUUAGUAACUUUAGGGACGUGCAGGCAGUGGUGGAGCGGGCGUUUCCCAAGGAGAGAAUCGUGCUCUUCACUGGGUCGCUGACAGUUCUGGAAGCUCGCGCCUUGUUUCGGCGAGCGCGGCUGUUUGUAGCAGGGCAUGGCGCAGCACUCACCAACGUGGUCUUCAUGCCGGAAAGGGCAUCAGUGCUGGAAAUAAGGCCCGAUAGCUGCGCUGUCGUGUGCUACAACCACCUCUCCCACGCCUGCUCCCUCACCUACCACCUCGUUUUCAGCCACGGCACGUGCUUGGAUACUGUACAGGCGAAUGCUACAGUAAUAGCAAAUGCGCUUAGAGACAUAAAAACAAGAUUUGAUAGAGAAGACGAACAAGGCAUGUAA